AUGUCCCCAAAUUCACGCGGCACGACCAAUUUGACAUUGAGUGUGCAAUUGGUUUUCCUGUUGAUUUGUUGCUACUUGCAUGCAGUUUUGAGAUUAAUGGCGAAGGAUUUGAAGGUUCGAUCGAAAAGUGAAGGAACAGUAACCUGUGAUUCUGAAGCUGAGAGCUUAAAGGACUACUGGAUACCCGAUUACAUACUGUUACAUGAAUCAAAAGUUGAAAAACCAUCACAUGUUCCUGCUUCUCCAGUGAUAGUAUUUAUCAAUUCAAGAAGUGGUGGCCAGCUUGGUGGAGAGCUUCUACUCAGCUACCAAACACUUCUAAACAAAAACCAGGUAUUUGAUUUGAAUAAAGAGGCUCCUGAUAAAGUACUUCACCAACUAUUCCUCAAUCUAGAGAAGCAUAAACGCGAUGGGGAUUCGUUCGCCUCUGAAAUCCAGAAAAGAUUGAGAGUUAUUGUGGCAGGAGGGGAUGGAACUGCUGGUUGGAUCCUUGGAGUGAUCUCUGAUCUCCACUUAUCACAGCCACCUCCAGUAGCCACAGUGCCUCUAGGAACCGGAAACAAUCUCCCAUUUGCAUUUGGUUGGGGGAAGAAAAACCCUGGAACUGAUCUUGAAGCAGUGAAGAUGUUCCUGAAUCUGGUAAAAGAUGCAAAAGAGAUGAAAGUAGAUAGCUGGCAUGUUCUGAUGAAGAUGAGAGUUCCAAGAAAAGAUGGUUCUUGUGAUCCAAUAGCACCUUUGGAACUACCACACUCUUUGCAUGCUGUCCAUCGUGUCCCUCAAUCAAAUCCAUUGGAUGAGGAAGAGUAUCACACGUUUCGUGGAGGAUUUUGGAACUAUUUUAGUAUGGGAAUGGAUGCUCAAGUUUCAUACGCGUUUCAUGCAGAAAGAAAGCUACACCCAGAAAAAUUCAAAAAUCAAUCUGCUAACCAUAAUGCCUAUGCAAAACUGACAUGUUCACAAGGAUGGUUUUGGGCUUCACUUUCUCAUCCAUCUUCAUGGAACAUAGCACAACUGGCAAAAGUUUCAAUCAUGAAAAAGCCAGGCCAAUGGGAAGUCCUGUCAAUACCUCCUAGCAUAAGGUCGAUAAUCUGCCUAAACUUGCCUAGUUUUUCGGGUGGACUCAAUCCAUGGGGGAUACCAAGCAGAAGGAGACUUUGUGUGAAAGAAUGGACUCCUCCAUAUGUCGAUGAUGGAUUUCUUGAAGUUGUUGGAUUCCGAAACGCUUGGCAUGGAGCUGUUUUAUAUGCCCCAAGUGGACAUGGGACCCGUCUCGCCCAGGCAAGAGGGAUUCGUUUUGAGUUCCACAAGGGUGCAGCGGAUCAUACGUUUAUGAGGAUGGAUGGGGAGCCAUGGAAGCAGCCUCUGCCAAUAAAAAAUGAGAACGAGAGUGUUGUGAUUGAGAUAUCUCGUUUUGGUCAAGUCAGUAUGUUGGCUACAGGGGAGAAUCCCUCUAAAAGUGUGAAUGACCCGUUGACCCCACGGACUCCUAGUAAAGAUAGUGAGUAUGACAGUGAUGAAGAAGAGUUGGAGAUUCCUGAAGAUAGAAAAAAGUUGGGGGCGGCUGCCAGUUUCAAACUACCUGAAGAUUUCAACUUAUCGCAAGGGGUACAAAUGAAAUGGUGCGUAUGA